AAAGACCAAUAUGGCGGAUGAAUUGUCCGGUGAUCGUUUUAAGGACGUUCUUUCGACCUCUCAGAGCAACUCGCCUUGUGGGUUUUGUUCUAAAGAAGUCUCCAAGUACACGUGUCCUCGUUGCCAUGUCCGAUACUGUUCCAGUGUGUGCUAUAAAAGUGAUAAACACUUACAGUGUUCGGAGCUUUUUUAUAAAGAUUGUGUCAUGGAAGCAAUGUGCGAACAACAGAGUAGUAGUGAAGACAAGCAUAAAAUGCUGGAAUUGUUGCACAAACUAAAGAAGCAGGAUGAAGAAGAAGGCUUUCAGGAUGCUGUAGAUUUGGAGGAACGAUUGAAAAAUGUAGAUAUAAACAAUGACACAGAAGCCGUGUGGUCGGCGUUGACAGAUAGUGAACAGAAAGAGUUUGAAUCUGCCGUCAAAAGCGGAGAGAUUUCUCAUGUCAUUGACGUUUGGAUCCCGUGGUGGACUAAACAAGAUGACAGAAAUAACAGAAAGAAGAUAGAGGUUGUAAGUGAAGGGAGCAACAUUUUAGGAAAGAAAGAUGAACAAAAAAGCAAAAGCCAUCAAAUCCAAACUAAGGAACAAGAAAAAAAGGAAAAGAUGCCAGCAUUAAAAAGGAACAUCACAUCAUUACUGUCAGCCAUGAAAAAUUCAAAUGUGAAUCCAAAUGUGCGGUUCAGUUGUAUAAAUGUAAUUUUCUCAUAUGCAUAUAUCAUGAGGCUGUACAAUGGAUGCCCAGAAGACAAUUUAGAACAGGCAGCAGAGAAUUUGUUACAGCUUUCACCUGUUCUUUCUAAAAAUGCUGUGUUUGACAGUGUGGAGUCAGUAGUUCACAGCUCCUUGAGUGCUGUGCUAGAUUGCAAGGACCUUUACUGUUCUGAGGAAUCAUCUCAUCAGGUGCUUCUGGAUGUUAUUUCUUUGAUCAAAGGAUAUGUUGUUAUGGAGAGAAAGAAAACAAACUUUGUUGACAGUGCUCUGUCUCAUUUGUGUCGACUUCUCAGUGGAGGAAGAGAGAGAUUGAAAGUCAACUCCAAAAUGAACCAAAAAGAAGCAGAUUUAUGUAAAUCUUUGUGGCUUGCAAAAAAGAAAGUAGAGUUUUUAUUAGCAUGGGUUCACACAAACACUCAUAUUUUGCAAUCUCUUGUGCUAAACAUGGAAGUUGUUCUUACAGAGGUAUCCAUGUCUAACAGACAACACAGAGAACAAAGAGAAAAGCUAGAGCAAGUAUGGGGAGGUUCAAAGCCACCAAAGAAAGCAACUCUUAUCACAGAAAUCUAAGUCAGAAUUUGAAAAGAGAACUCUGAAGGACAUUGUAGUAUGAUAGAACCAAUCCCCAGUAGUUUCUGAGGCAAGCUUUCCUGCAUCAUAUUGCUAUCAUACAGUGGAACCUUCGCUAACUUGACCUUUUAACUCCCAAGAUCUGUUUUAAAUUCUCCCCUCUAUUUUUUUCUUAGAUCAAGAUAACCUCUUGUACCAGUUUGAGUUAUUCUAAUCACCCACCUAUUUGUGUGAUACUGUAUUGAUGUUUUAAGGGGAAAUUCUGAGGUGGUCACUCAUGGGAGUUUAAGGGUUAGCUUCUUGCUCGCCAUAAGUGAAAGUAAUUCUCUUGAAGAACAUUUUAAAGUCAUAUGAAGGGAGAAGUAAAUAUUACAUCAAAAGUCAAGUGGGGUUUUAUUUCAUGU